CCUUCUCUGAAUCUGAAUAACAAGAAACCAGAGCUAAACCAGAAGAAAUGGCACUUUCUUUCCAUGUUCGUUCUAACAGCUUCCCUUCAAGACAACACCCUCAAGCCGCUCAUGUCGAUGAGCAAUUGAACCGGUUGAGAUCUUCAGAGACAGCUUCUUCAUCUUCAAGCUCUUCUAUCCGCCAAAGACUUAGCAACCUUCAAGAUUUACAUGAUUCUCUUGACAAGAUGCUUCGCUUGUCCAUCACUCAACAAACUUUAUCUCAAGAACAAGUUGAGAUGAUUCUUGAUGGAUCUAUCAAGAUCUUGGAUUUAUGCAACGUUUCCAAAGAUGGUUUAUCACAAAUGAAAGAGAGUCUCAAGGAGAUCCAAUCUAUUUUAAGAAGAAAGCGUGGAGAUCUAUCUGCUGAGAUCAAGAAAUACUUAGCUUCUAGAAAGUUUCUCAAGAAAUCAUUCCAGAAAGUACUCAAGAAUUUGAAAACUGGCCAAAACAAAAACAAAGAGUCUUUGGCUGUGUUUAGAGAAGCAGAAGCUGUAACAGUUUCUUUGUUUGAAUCUAUGUUUAGCUUCAUUUCCGGACCAAAGUCUUGUGGCAAAUGGUCACUAGUCUCAAAGAUGAUGAGCCAGAACAAAGCUGCAUGUGAAGCCAAUGAAUUCACAAGAGUGGACUUGGAGUUCCAAUCAGAGAAGUCUUUGAAGAUUGAAGAUGUGCAGAACUUAGAUUCAUGCAUUCAAGAUCUUGAAGAUGGAAUCGAGUCACUCUCUAAAUCAUUGAUCAAAUAUAGAGUCUCAGUUCUUAACAUCUAA